AUGAAUCUGCUCAUCAUCUGCGCAGCGUUCCUGCUGGUUCUGCUGUUUGGAACCGUCUGGUCCAUAACGGGCCAGGAGUGUCUUCCUGGAGGGAACCUGUUUGGGAUCGUCAUCCUGAUGCUGCUGGCCGGCCUGCUGCUGCGUAACGUGCCCUACGUCGGCGCCGCCGUCUCCAUCCACCCCCACUGGUCUGCGGCUCUGAGGAACGUGGCGCUGGCCGUCAUCCUGACCCGAGCCGGCCUGGGCCUCGACCCCUCGGCGCUGCGCCGCCUCAAAGCGGUGUGUGUGCGCGUGGCGGUGGGGCCCUGCGUGCUGGAGGCCUGCGUCGUUACUGUGGUUUCUCACUUCCUGCUGCGCCUGCCCUGGGCCUGGGGCUUCAUCCUGGGCUUCGUUCUGGCUGCAGUUUCUCCGGCGGUCGUCGUUCCUUCCAUGCUGCUGCUGCAGAGGGAAGGAUACGGAGUGGAGAAGGGGAUCCCGACGCUCCUGAUGGCUGCUGGGAGUUUUGAUGACAUCCUGGCCAUCACUGGGUUCUCCACCUGCCUGGGAAUCGCCUUCUCCACGGGUUCCACCUGGAUGAACAUCCUCAAAGGUGUGCUGGAGGUGGUGGGUGGAGUCGCCGCCGGACUGAUCCUGGGUCUGUUCCUGAUCCUCUUCCCCAGCAGCGACCAGGAGGACCUGGUGCUGCGCAGGACGCUGCUGCUGGUGGGACUCUCCGUUUUCUCCAUCUUCUUCAGCAAUGUUGUUGGCUUCGCCGGCGCCGGCGGCCUCUGUACGCUGGUCCUGUCCUUCCUGGCUGCUCUGGGUUGGAAGACGGACAAGGCGCCUGUGGCGGCCAUGGUCGGACGCUGCUGGGACGUUUUCCAGCCGCUCCUGUUUGGUCUGAUUGGAGCCGAGAUCUCCGUCACGUCCCUCAACCCCGGCACUGUGGGGCUGGGCGUGGCCUGCAUCCUGAUUGGUCUGCUGGUCCGUCUGGUCGUCACCUUCCUGCUGGUCCAUCUCGGAGGUUUCACCCUGAAGGAGAAGCUUUUCAUCGCUGUGGCCUGGAUGCCUAAAGCCACCGUGCAGGCGGCGAUCGGAUCCAAGGCGUUGGACUUGGCGCGGGACGAAGGCGAUGAGACUUUGAUCCAGUUUGGUCUGGACGUGCUAACGCUAGCGGUGCUAGCUAUCCUGAUCACGGCUCCCAUCGGGGCGCUGGGGAUUGGACUGGCCGGGCCGCGCCUCCUGGCCCGACAGGUCGAAGGUGAGACGGAGACAGAAGCCCCGCCACGGCCCCGACCCACCUGCCAAGGAGAAGAGUCACAUGAUCACUGAGAGCAAAGUGUGAUGGUUCUGACCCGAUCAGAACCAGCCCAGUUCUCCCAGUGGGACAAACCCAACUGGUUCAUGAACAUGAAGUUUUGACAUGUUAGAAAAACAGAAACAAAAUGGCUGAAAAUGAAAAGAAGCUUCUUCAUUUCCUGGAUGUUUUCUUCUGCUUGAUUGUUUUAUAUGAAGGUUUAUUCUGCGUCAGUGAAAAGUCACUAAUUCUUUGAUCACAUUUAGUGAUUAUUAUUGGAUGUUUUUAACUUUAUUAUUUCUGCUGAGGAUAGAAACAAACUUUAUUACAGGGAAGAAACAUUUGGUGUUUUAUUGUGGCGGGAACUACAGGAAGUGGAGUCGCUCUGCGGUCAGGAUGAGGCUGAAGCUGAAGACAUCUACAGGAACCGAUUCUGGGUCAGAACCGCUCCGUCCACCAGACCAACAGCUCCUCAUUUAAAACACCUUCAGAGAGUUCAGAACCGGGUCAAACUGGUUCCAUGUUCAGAAACCCAGGCAGGAGUUCUGGACUGGUUGAAACGUUUCCUUCAAAAUAAAUCUGAUUUUAAUGUAACUUGAUUUCACCAACAUAACUCAGGUUGGUCCAGAUGUUCGGACCUGCAGUUCUGUCCCUCAGCCUGCAGCGGGCCCGGUUCCACCAGAACCGGCUCCUCCUGACAGGUUCUGUGUGUUUCUGUUAGAAACCAAAGUUCUGCUUUCGUAACCAGAACUGGACCUUCUGAUGCUGCAGCAAUAAAAACUGAAUUUAAUCUAA